CUACUCGCACACCAACUCUUAAGGCGCUCAAAAAAAGAGUGAACUCCUCUUCCUCUCCUUAGUUGCCCUUAUUCUUGCUCUACACGUGAUUCAAGAGAGUGAUGUAAAACCAUCCCUCACUCUUAUCUCCUCUCUCCUUCCUUCAACUUCUGAGUCUCUCCUCUCCCUCCCAUCUAUAUCUCUUGCCUUUGCUCAUAGCACCACUACCAACGGCACUAUAGGUAUAGAGAUGGAGGAAGGAAUUGUGGUGAGAGAGUAUGAGGAGCAGAGAGACCGGCUGCGAGCCGAGGCCAUGGAGCGGAUGUGCGAGGUGGGACCCAGCGGUGAGAUGACUCUCUUCACCGACCACCUCGGCGACCCCGUCUCCCGCGUCCGACACUCUCCGGCCUUCCUCAUGCUCGUUGCUGAAACAAGUGAGCCGGUGAAAGAGAUCGUAGGUAUAAUCCGCGGCAGCGUCAAGACCGUCACCUGCGGCAAGAGCAUCCCCCGAAACGCCGGCGCCGUCACCGCCAUGAAGCACCAGAACCCACUCCCCGCCCCUAUGUACACUAAAGUCGCCUACAUCCUCGGCCUCCGCGUCUCCCCCUUCUACCGGAGGAUGGGAAUUGGGUUGAGGUUAGUGAGGAGGUUGGAGGAAUGGUUUAAAGAGCAAGGGGCGGAGUACGCGUACAUGGCGACGGACAAGGACAACGAAGCGUCGGUCCGGCUGUUCACCGGGCGGUGCGGGUACUCCAAGUUCCGGACCCCGGCGAUCCUGGUCCACCCGGUGUUUGCCCACCGUCUCCCCAUCCCCCGCCUCGUCCGCAUCCUCCGCCUCCCCGUCGCUGACGCCGAGUCCCUCUAUCGCCUCCACUUCUCCACCACCGAGUUAUUCCCCCGCGACAUCGACGCCGUCCUCUCCAAUCACCUCUCCCUCGGCACCUUCUUGGCCGUUCCGGCGGGCAGCUGCGGCGGAGGGGAGUGGAAGUGGCCUGGGACAGAAGGAUUCUUGAGUGCGCCGCCGGAGUCGUGGGCGGUGGUGAGCGUGUGGAACUGCGGGGGGGUGUUCCGGCUGGAGGUGCGGGGGGCGUCGAGGGUGCGGCGGGGGCUGGCGUGGGCGACGAGGGCGGCGGACAGGGCGCUGCCGUGGCUGCAGAUCCCGUCGGUGCCGGACAUAUUCCAGCCGUUCGGGGCGCUGUUCUUGUACGGGAUAGGUGGGGAGGGGCCGGGGGCGGCGGCGAUGGUGGAGGCGCUGUGCAGGCACGCGCACAACAUGGGGAAGGGGACGGCGGGGGUGGUGGCGGCGGAGGUGGCGGCGUGCGAGCCGCUCCGGCGGGGGAUCCCGCACUGGCGGAGGCUGUCGUUCGCGGAGGACCUGUGGUGCGCGAAGCGGCUGGCGGAGGGCUACGGCGACGGCGGGGCUGUGGGGGACUGGACCAAGUCGCCGCCGGGCAACUCCAUCUUCGUAGACCCCCGGGAGCUGUGACGCCCCCUCCCAAGCUUUCCUUUUUUGGACUUCACUUCAGAAGGUUAGACUUAGAUAAGGGUGGAGCUUUUUCUGGUCCUCUUUUUGCUAAAAAAAGGGUGGGGGAAAGGAAAGGAAGGGGAUUAUGGCGCCGCGGGGGUGACGUGUACAUGGAAGGGUUCUGUUCUGGUUGCUUGUUUUGGUUGGAAAAGAUCUGUAACGGAUAGUAGAUAUGGGGGGAAUCCCGUGGAAGAUGUGGCGGAAACAAAGGUGGUAGCUUUUUGGUUCUUUCCGCUUUCCAGAGUUCCAUUUAAUUUUCUCCCUUUUUUUGUUUUAUUUUUGUCAAAAGAAUAGAUGGAAGAUGGAACUCUUUUGUAGAUGUAUAAUCUAAUAUGAUAUGAUAUU